AGCCUCCUGGUGCCGAUGGGCGAGCAAGAGGCGGGCGAGAAGCCCGGCCCCGGCGCGCCCGGCCCCCCGGACGGGGUGGCCAGCGAAGAGCGCCCCCACGCCGGGGCCGGGCGGCGACGGCGAGGAGCCGUGCGCGCCCUAAGCAGGCUGGCGCGGCGCCUCUUGCAAACUUUGCGCGGCGCCCGGCGGCAGCAGCAGCAGCAGGCGCGGCGGCGAGAAGGCGCCGAGCCCGAGGACGACGAGGGCGGCUUCAAGCGCCCGCCCGGGCCCGAGCGCGAGAGAGGCCAAGCCAGUGGCGGCGGCGGUGGUAGCGGCGGCAGCGCCCGGCUGUCGUGGGGCGCACAGAGUGCCCUGCCGGCGGCCGUUCCCGGGGACCCUCGGCCGCUCACGCCGGGCGCGCAGGGGCUGAAGAACCACGGCAACACGUGCUUCCUGAACGCCGUGGUGCAGUGCCUGAGCCACACCGAGUUGCUGGCCGCCUUCCUCCUGCUGGCGCUGCCCGACCAGCAAGGGCCAGCCGGACCUGGAGCCGCCUCCGGGGAAGUCACCCAGCACUUGGCGGCGCUCGUACGCGCGCUCUGGACCCUGGAGUAUACGCCGCAGCUCUCCGCGGACUUCAAGAAUGUCGUAUCUAAGUAUGGUGCACAGUUCCGCGGAAACUCACAGCACGACGCCCUGGAGUUCUUACUGUGGCUGCUGGAUCGUAUGCAUGAAGACUUGUGUUCGGUGUCUCUUAAUCAAAAACUCAAGGUGUCUGGAAAGCUUCCAUCUGGGCAGGAAGAGGGCUCCGCCAAUGUGAGUGCUCAGCCAACCGCCCAGCCGCUAAAGGGCCAGAGCUUUGUGCAGAACCACUUCCAGGCACAAUACAGGUCCUCCUUGACUUGCCCUCACUGCCUAAAGCAGAGCAACACCUUUGAUCCCUUCCUGUGCAUCUCAUUGCCCAUCCCUUUGCGCCAGACCAGGCCUUUGAACGUCACCCUUGUCUUCCAAUCCAAGAGCCAGCGAUUUGUGCGUGUGGGCCUGGCUGUGCCUCUCCUCAGCACCGUGGCGAAGCUGAGGGAAAUGGUGGCAGAGGAAGGCAAGAUUUCACCUGACCAGGUGAUCCUGGCUGAGCUGGGCCAGUCAGGGUUCCGGUGCUCCUUCUCGGACGACGAGGACCUGAACACCAUCGCAGAGGGUGACAACGUCUACGCUUUCCAGGCUCCUCUCUCCUUCAGCAGGGCCAGCUCUUCCCGCCUCUCAGGUUGUCCCCACAGCCUCCCAUCCUCUCCCAACUCUUCUGAGCCCGAAGGCCAGCGCUUGGCUCAUAAUGGGGCCAUUUCAUCGGAGUUCCUGCACCAUGGUGGAGGGGGCAGGAUCCUGCUCCUUGUCUGUAAUGUGGCUGGGGCAGGGCAGCAGGCCGUGCGCAAUUCUCUAAUGUGUUUUUCAGGUUUGGCCCCUCCUUUACUGAUGCGGGAAGACAGAGCCAUGUUGUGGGAUCAGCUGCAGCAGUGCAUCCUGGGCAAAAUGCGCUAUUUGAUGAGAAGGGAGGCCCAAGUACAGGCUACUCCGAGCCUGUUCCAGGUGCGAGUGGUUGGUGGUUCUGCGCUUUGCAGCUACCUCUCUCCCCAGGACAGCUGGCCUCUCUAUCAUCCAGCGGUGGACAGAGCGCUUCAGUUUGGUGGUCCUGGUGGUCCUGCACAUGUGAAGCUGGUGAUCGAGUGGGAUGUGAGCACCAAGGAAUGCUUGUUUGGCAACAUCCAGGAAGAAGUGGUUGAGGAUGCAGAAAGCGUGAGGCUGAAGCAGCAGCUCCACCAGCAGCAGCAUAGUUGCACCCUGGACGAAUGCUUCCAGCUCUACACCAAGGAGGAACAGCUGGCCCCUGACGAUGCCUGGCGCUGCCCUCACUGCCAGGUGCUCCAGCAGGGCAUGGUGAAGCUCAGCCUAUGGACGCUGCCCGAUAUCCUCAUCAUUCACCUGAAGCGCUUCCGGCAGGUGGGCGAGCAGCGCCACAAGCUCUCCACGCUGGUGCACUUCCCCCUCCGCGGGCUUGACAUGGCUCCCCACGUGGCCAAGCGCAACCGCGGCAGCAAGUGGGGCCCCUGGAAACACCCCGUGCUGGAAAGCGGCCAGUGCAACUUCCUCUACGACCUGUAUGCCGUCUGCAAUCACCACGGCAGCAUGCAGGGCGGGCAUUACACAGCCUACUGUCGCAACACCUUGGAUGGUCAUUGGUAUAGCUAUGAUGACAGCACUGUAGAACCUGUCUUGGAGGAUGAAGUCAGCACUCGUGGUGCUUACAUCCUCUUCUACCAGAGACGCUGUGUGGUUCCAAGCUGGUCUGGUGGAAGCUCUGUUAGAGGUUCCACCAGUUCCUCUGUCUCGGAACACUGGCUGGCACGCCUCGGCGGAAACAGCAAGCGAGAGAGCCUGGUGUCCCGGAGCUCUGCUACCUGCCCAUCUCUGACAAAAAUGCCGGACUCACCUACCCUCACCAAUGCCAGCAGCUGCCCAGAGAAAGGUGGCUUUGAGUCACGACCCCUGGUGCGUGGUGUUCAAGGCAGAAGCAUCAGCCUGAAAGCUUCCCCCAGUAAGGCCAAACUGGGAGCCCCCAAGCCAGUGCCCUUGCGAUGGUCCUUCAUGUCCAAAGAAUGGCCAGCAGAGCCUUCUGGGGAACUCGUGGAAUACCUGGAGUCGGGCCGCAGACCGCGGUUCACGAAUGAGUCCAUUGUCCCCCUCAUGACCAAGGAAGGGGAGGACAGUGGGCCUUCGGUCGCCAAAGCAAAGCCCAAUCCUCUUAUCGCGGGCGUGGGCACCACAGAGAGCGCUGGCAAAGUGCCCACCAGCUUGGAGAACACAAGCAGCAUUAAAAGAGCUGGGAAGCCAAAGGAGGAUGUAGGUGAGCAGCCCCGGACUCCAAAGAAACUGGUGCUCUCUCUCAGCGCAGUACCUCCAAUGAAAGAUGAGGAGCCCAUGGGCAAAGUGAACAUCAAUGGGACCUUGCGCACUGGGACAAACCUUCCCCCAUCCAACUACCAGCCCAAGAGCAGAGGAGCUCAGGACCAAAAGCUCAUGCCCUGUGUUGGGGAGAGGGACACUGAGGGCGAGAAGCAGCCAGAGGGGAAGCUGGCUGUCUUCAGAGCUGGCUUCCUGCGGAGGGACCCCAAGAGACACAGUGAGUCUGAGAGACAUGGUGUUGCGCCACCAGCCAUGGCAUCCUCCCGGGCAUCUCUCUCCAAUGGUACAUUGAGUUCUAUCACGGGCAGCAGAGCAGUUGGCUCUGCCCUUGGCCGCGGCUGCACGGAGGGGCUGCCCAAUGGGCGGAUCUGCCGUUCUGAGUUGGACAUCAAACGUGCUCAAAGCUCCUGCAGCAGCAAGGGGAGGAGUGACUGGCUGCUGAGCAGGUCAACCUCCUUUGGCAAGGCAAAUAACAAUGUCUCCUUGCAGGGUUACACACCACCAAUAACUCUGGAGGGGGUUUCUUGUGGCACUUUCCAGCGGGCAAGAUACCACACAGCAUCUCUGGGCAGGAGACUAGCUGUACCCGAAUCCAGCUUCUGAACUAGCCCGUGAUUUCAUGUGGAAGUACUGAAAGAGUGCCAACCCUGGGUGCUCUGGAGGUGCCAGGGCCUUUGGAAAGAUCUGUAGAUUGCUGGAAAGUUUCGCUGGUGCUUGUUUCACAAGGAGUUUCUCAAGGGGUGCUGAGUGACACCACUGCCUUGCCUGGGAAGGAAGAUGCAACAGGGAUAUUGUGAACCAUGGGGCUAGAAGGGUGGGGGAGAGAGAGGGGGAUAGAUCAGAUGGGAGAAUCUUAGAGGUAAAAGUAUUUAUUCUAUACCGAGAGAUAGCUUUAAUGAUGCUAGUGAAAGGAUGUGCUGUUUUGUGACGGCAUUUAUUUUGGUACCAGGUAAUGGGGAAGAGAAAAAUAUGGGGAGAAUCUAAACAUUGCCCUAUGCAAUAAUACCAGCUUUUCUAUUUUCUGCAGGCCUUUGGGUUUUACAGAUCUAUUUGUUAUUAAAAAUGUCUCAAAUGCG